UGCCACCCUAUGGUCACAGUGACAUUCCAGACUUGGAGAGUGUCUUCAAAAAGCAACACCUUGGUCAGAAAAUGCACAUGCUUGACACCCAGUGUGAGUGAAUUUAUUUGCUCGUAUAUGCUACGACUGCCCACAUGGUCACAGAUCGUAUACCUAGGCAAAUCAGGGAGUUUAUAUCUGAAUAUGUCUAUGACAAGCAGCUCAAAAUGGUCCAUGAUAUAUCAUCGAAGACCUGCUGCCAUUUUGUCAAUGUAUCGGAUGGACAGGAAGGGGAAAGAAGUAAAAGUUGGAUUAACAAGAAGGAAAUUCAAGCUGUGGUCAAGAUUGCAAAAAUAAUGCAGGACCGCGGCAAGUCAUUCAAGAGGUCCGCCAUCGAGAAUGUGCUAAAAGAUGCUAUGCUGUCUUGGAAGGAUAAAUGUUACAAUGUCGACUCCUUUCAGGAUAUGUUGUACACGGUUAUUAGAAAUGAGGAUGACUAUAUCAUUGUUUCCAUUGUACAGUCUAAGAAGCUCGGUUUUCUGGUAAAUGAACACCAUGUUAAUGUUAUAUUGACACGAUGCAAGAAGGGAAUGAUUAUAUGCUCUAGCCAUGCUUUCUUGGAAGGAAUUGGUUCCCGGUCUUUAGUCGGGAGAUUAGCAGUGCAGAUGGGCACUAGAUCAUGGGUUGAAUACUAUGAAGUACUAAACGGUAGAUUUCCUACAAUUUAGAGUAUUUAGAGCAUAUUCAUGUCGCCAGUAAUUCUUCCAAUAUACCUUCUGAUAUACUGAAUGGCUUUCAUUAGUACUGAAACAUCUGAAAUGUAACAGUAAUCAC